AUGGAGUCCACACACACACACAAAAUUCAAAACCGCUCGAAAAACGGCGAGGAUGAAUUUUGGCGAGCGCGUUCUACGCUGCCGCCGUCCGUCCUCCGGUUCGCGCCCACCCUCAGCAUCCUCAGCGUCAUGUGCAACCGCCACAAGAUCCGUUUCCCCUCCGUGGCCGGCGGCGAUGUACAAUUCCCCCGCAUCAAGCAGCUCACCUUUAAAGGUGUCAUCAUCUCGGAGGCCGACCUCCACGGCGUUCUUGCCGGAUGCCAUGUGCUGGAGAGCUUGGUGCUUAGUGAGCUGGAUGGCGUCUCUGGCGUUCGGAUCAGCUCCUCCACCCUAAGGAGCCUCGGUGUCUCCUCUGGUUUUGGAAAUGAGCCAGAAGAAGUGUUGGAACAGGUGAUUGUUGAGGAUGCCCCCAACCUAGAAAAGUUCUUCCUAGAUGGAGCAGAGUACUGCCUAUCGAUUCGCGUGGUUUGGGCACGUACCCAAACAGGAGUUGUUGGGUUCACGCGGCAGCACGGACGCAGCACCGGGUCAGCCGGUUGA